UAAACCAAUGUAUGUUUGCUAUCUUUGAAUGAAAACCUCAUUUAUUAGUUGUCAGAUGUUGUCACGGACAGGCAGGUUAAACAAGCACUGUAGUGUUGGCUUCACACGGCGGUUGGAAACUGCAGCUUUUUCAUCCAGUUGGAGACACACACACACAUACACACACACACACACACAUGCUCAGAGGGAGGGAGGGGGCAGCAGAGGCGGUGGAGUCUUAGGAGUUCAGCUCUGAGCGGCACAGAUAAGUCCAAACUGUCUGUCAUUCAAUAGACCCGGUCCAAACCUAGACCCAACGGACAUUUUUCCUAAAGCCUGAUGAAGAGGAAGUGACAUGUGGAUCGAAGAGGAUGCAUCUGGUUGUAAAAACCCAUUCAGGAGGUUGUGAUGAAGAUGCUACCAUAUUUUGUGGAGAAUGCUGUGUUGACCCAGAGUGAGAUACAGUGCAUCUUGAGUGAGAGCUUCUUCAUGGUGAAAGGUGCUGCACUCUUCCUACAGCAAGGGAGCUCUCAGCAGGGCCAAAAAGUGCAUCCUCACCACAAACAUGCAGGUGACUUACCUCAACACCUGCAGGUGAUGAUAAACAUUCUUCGUUCAGAGGACCGGAUCAAACUGGCGGUGCGGCUGGAGAGUGCGUGGUUAGAUCGUGUGCGAUACAUGGUAGUUUUAUACACCAGCGGACGGCAGGACACGGAGGAGAACAUCCUGCUGGGAAUCGACUUUACUAACAAAGACUGCAAAAGCUGUUCGAUUGGCAUGGUGCUGCCUCUGUGGAGUGACACUAAAAUCCAUCUGGAUGGAGAUGGGGGCUUUACUGUGAACACGGCUGGUCGGACUCAUGUCUUCAAACCUGUGUCAGUGCAGGCCAUGUGGUCCGCUCUCCAGGUGCUUCAUAAGGCAUGUGAGGUGUCUCGCAGAUACAACUACUUCCCUGGCGGGAUGGCUCUCACUUGGAUGGGAUACUAUGAAAGCUGCAUUGCUUCAGAGCAGAGCUGCAUCAAUGAAUGGAACACCAUGAAGGACUUGGAGUCGACACGCCCCGAUUCGCCCACCAUGUUUGUUGACAAGCCUUCAGAGAGAGAAAGGACAGAGUGCCUUAUUAAAUCCAAACUUCGCAGCAUCAUGACUUGCCAGGAUCUUGAGAAUGUCACAUGCAAACAGAUCCGCACUGAGUUGGAGCAGCACAUGAGCUGCAACCUUAAGGGAUUCAAAGAGUUCAUAGACAACGAGAUGCUGUUGAUUUUGGGCCAGAUGGACAAGGCAACACUUAUCUUUGACCACGUCUAUCUGGGCUCUGAAUGGAAUGCCUCCAAUCUGGAAGAGCUCCAAGAGACAGGGGUGGGCUAUAUCCUCAAUGUUACCAGGGAGAUAGACAACUUCUUUCCAGGCACAUUCAGUUAUCACAACAUACGUGUGUACGAUGAAGAGGCCACUGACCUGCUGGCUCAUUGGAAUGAUACGUACAACUUCAUUGUUAAAGCAAAAAAGAACCACUCCAAGUGUCUUGUUCACUGUAAGAUGGGCAUCAGCCGAUCCGCCUCCACAGUCAUUGCUUAUGCAAUGAAAGAGUUCGGCUGGUCGCUAGAGAAGGCAUACAACUUUGUCAAGGAAAAGAGGAGCAUCACACGACCGAACGCAAGUUUCAUGCGGCAGCUAGCAGAGUACGAGGGCAUCCUUGAUGCGAGCAAACAGAGGCACAACAAGCUGUGGCAUCCAGAUGCAGACUGUGACAUGGCAGAAGGCCAGCAGGGUUUGGCUCUGUGCUGUGGGGAGGAAGACCACGUCACCCCAGAACCAGGGAUGUCUCCCUGCUGUGAAGACUCGCUGCCCGAUAAAGGCGCAGCAGGCCCCUCCCCUUGCCGAAAAGUGGCCCUGGAAAUCGACCCCGCCUACAACAACUAUUAUUUCCGCCGGCUCUCUGACUCUGCGCUAGACAGUGAGCCCUCAACGCCUGUGCGUGGCCCCCCUCUCCUGGGCAUGGAGAAGGUCUUCAUCGAAAUCGAGGAUGUCGAGCGAGAUGCUUUGCUGGACGACGAAGCAUUCGAUGGGCGCGAAAGUCUGGCGCUUCCCCCUUUUGGGUCCACCUCGGAGGCCACCGCUGCCCAGACAUGCAGUCGUGGCCCAGAGCAGCUGGAGGAGCUGAGAUUGCGACUGGAGUUUAGCACAGUAGAGGAAGAGGAUGAAGAGGAUGUGCAAAAGGAGGAGGCAGAAAUGGAGGUACUAAUGCAGCCAGACGAUGCAGGGGGCGGCAAUGGAGGUGGGGGAGCAGAUGAAAGCCAAGAUGUGGAGGUGGAAGUAGAUAGUGAGGUUAACAGCAUGGACCUGGCAACCCUGAAUGAGAAUUGCAACAAUAACAACCGAUUGACCUCACAAUGGAACCUCAAUGGGAAAGCCACACCUCUUGAAGCCAACGUGUCUUUACUAAAGGAUGUUUCGCCAACUUCAAUUUCAAAUCCUUGCCUUAGGCCCAGUCCUGCUCAUUCCCCAAGUGCCCCAUCUCUGCUGUCCCAGGCCUCUCCUGAAGACCUCCAGUGUUCGGUUGGACUCCUGUCUCUCUCCGACUGUGCCAGCUUCGCUUCCCUCUGCUCUACACUUGUCCCUGUUGUACGGCAGCAGCUGGCAGACUCUCGACCUAUUGUGGGGAUGAAGGACUGUGGCGAUAUGUCUCAUGUAAACAUGGAUGCCGAAAGGGGGAUGUCUGUAGGAGCGCCCCCUGAGCUGGUGACCAUGUUAGACAAAGAUACUCCUGCUGUGGCUGGCUGCCAGCAAAAGGAGACCCUUGUGGAGCUGCGGCGGUCUGGUUUAGUGCGCCGCCAGGCGGAAAGACUCGAGAGACUUUCAGGUGUGACCCAGGAGAGUCCGCCCUCCCUGAAGCCUGUGCACAGUUGCCAAACGCAGACGAAGACCUCACACACAGAGGAGGAGGAAGAGUUGGGCAUCAGCACGGCUUAUAUGAAGUCAUCUACACCGUGCCAAGUACGGUUAGAGCCCCUGAUGGUUCCACUCGCCAAUGAAGCCUUGUUUGGGGCAAUGGGGUCGGGGGUGCGCACCCCCACCUCACCUCACGGCUCCACCCUAACACGCAGCUCCAGCAGCGACAGCCUGCGCAGCGUGAGAGGAAAGCCAGGCCUGGUGCGUCAGCGGGCGCAGGAGAUCGAGACCCGGAUGCGCCUGGCUGGCCUCACCGUGUCAUCCCGGCUGAAACGUUCCAACUCGCUGGCUAAGCUAGACUGCCUCAACCUUUCCUCCGAAGACCUGUGCUCCGCCUGCUCCUCAGACGCGGGAACACUACUACUCCUCUCGCUGUCCCCGGAGCCAGACCACGGCCAGAAGUGGGAGCCCCCCGCCACCCCCACGCAACCCCGGAAGGACCCGCACACGUCUGCCUGGCCGUCCAGCUGACACGUCCAGCAGGGCUUGGUGGUGGUACUCCAACUCGUCAUAGAGCUGUUGCGAGGUAGUAAAAAAAUGACACACAACUGUCAUAUAAAGUGUUCACUUAUUCGCCACAUUGUUUGCCAAUCUGCUUUUGACACUGAAAGUCAUAUUGCUGUGUCUGACAAGUCAAGCCGUCAUCAGUUGGAUAAACAAGUGCCUUAUGUUUGAGACCAGAGGCACAACGUUUUGGGCAGAAGGAUAAGAGAACAGCCUUUUAACCCACAGCCCUAAAAGUACCUUGUGUGUACUGAAAUAUGGUAUGGUAUCCAUCAGCACUUAUUUUUUUACCAGUCGGGUACAAAGUAUUAGUAUUGUGCAUCGAUAAAGCUGAUCUAUCCCGUAGUUGUGAAAGUGUUCAUAAUUGUAGAGUUAUCACCUAUAUUGUAUCUUGUUUUAGAUGCCAUAGGCCAGUUCUCAGAUUGAAGUAUACGUACAGUGAUGAAAUUGACCUGCGACUCUAUUGCUUGUAUUCGGUCACGUGACUUCUUCCCAGAAGUGAAAAAAAUUGGUGGUCAACCAAGCCAAGAUUGCUGUUGUGCAGCAAGCAACGUGCGGACUGAGUACACAGGGGGUCUAGAUCUUCCUGCAAAAGGCAGACAGGAGCAAAAAAAUCUAACAAUGCGAUGGAAUCCAUCCCUAUACUUGACUAAAGAUUUGUCGAGUGAUAAAGGAUUAUCCGUCGGUCGCGUUCCCAGACAUGUCCAACUAUCUGGUGCUCCAGAUGCCGUUCUACACGACAAAACGGAUAGAAACUUGAAAAGGCAUGGAAGCCUUGAAUCAAAGAAAUUGCUAUCAAGAUUCUCGCAAAUAAAUAUGCAUUUUUUUUGCUGGGGUAAGGUUGCAUUUCAUGAUGCAACUUUGCAUCUACUGCCAUGUUGCUGUUGCACAUGCCGUUUACGAGUACGCGUGUUUUUCCCUGUCUUGAUCAAAAUCUAACUAUAGAUGUCAACAGUUUCCUUUAUGAUUGAUGCCUUUUGUAAAAGCUUGAAUCUUAAGUUUUGCUCACACUCACCGAGUUGGUAGUUUACAAAACACUUGCAGCAAACAAGCGUUUUAAGAACUCCAAAACAAGAUGAAAUGCAAAUAUUAUCAAGAUGAUACUUAAAUGGGAAAUACUAAACGUUAAAAGUAUAGUACAUGCCAAAGGUUUGGACACACCCUCUCAUUCAAUGCGUUUUCUUUAUUUCCAUGACUAUUUACAUUAUAGAUUGUCACUGAAGUCAUCAAAACUAUGAAUGAACACGUGGAGUUAUGUACUUACCAAAAAAAGGUGAAAUAAUUGAAAACAUGUUUUAUAUUCUACAAACCCCGUUUCCAUAUGAGUUGGGAUAUUGUGUUAGAUGUAAAUAGAAACGGAAUACAAUGAUUUGCAAAUCCUUUUCAACCCAUAUUCAAUUGAAUGAACUACAAAGACAAGAUAUUUGAUGUUCAAACUCAUAAACUUUCUUUUUUUUUUGCAAAUAACAAUUAACUUAGAAUUUCAUGGCUGCAACACAUGCCAAAGUAGUUGGGAAAGGGCAUGUUUACCACUGUUACAUCACCUUUUCUUUUAACAACACUCAAUAAACGUUUGGGAACUGAGGAAACUAAUUGUUGAAGCUUUGAAAGUGGAAUUAUUUCCCAUUCUUGUUUUAUGUAGAGCUUCAGUCGUUCAACAGUCCGGGGUCUCCGCUGUCGUAUUUUACGCUUCAUAAUGCGCCACACAUUUUCAAUGGGAGACAGGUCUGGACUGCAGGCGGGCCAGGAAAGUACCCGCACUCUUUUACUACAAAGCCACGCUGUUGUAACAGGUGGCUUGGAAUUGUCUUGCUGAAAUAAGCAGCGGCGUCCAUGAUAACGUUGCUUGGAUGACAACAUAUGUUGCUCCAAAACCUGUAUGUACCUUUCAGCAUUAAUGGUGCUUUAACAGAUGUGUAAGUUACCCAUGCCUUGGGCACUAAUACAACCCCAUACCAUCACAUAUGCUGGCUUUUGAACUUUGCGCCUAUAACCAUAUGAAUGGUUAUUUUCCUCUUUGUUCCGGAGGACACCACGUCCUCUGUUUUCAAAAACAAUUUGGAAUGUGGACUCGUCAGACCACAGAACACUUUUCCACUUUGCAUCAGUCCAUCUUAGAUGAGCUCGGGCCCAGCAAAGCCGGCGGCGUUUCAUGAUGUUGUUGAUAAAUGGGUUUGGCUUUGCAUAGUAGAGUUUUAACUUGCACUUACAGAUGUAGCGACCAACUGUAGUUACUGACAGUGAUUUUAUGAAGUGUUCCAGAGCCCAUGUGGUGAUAUCCUUUACACAGUGAUGUUGCUUUUUGAUGCAGUACUGCCUGAGGGGUCAAAGGUCCGUAAUAUCAUCGCUUACGUGUAAUGAUUUCUCCAGAUUCUCUGAACCUUUUGAUGACUUUACGGACCGUAAAUGAUAAAAUCCCUAAAUUCCUUGCAAUAGCUCGUUGAGAAAUGUUGUUCUAAAACUGUUCGACAAUUUGCUUAUAAAGUGAUGACCCUCGCCCUCAUCCUUGUUUGUGAAUUACUGAGCAUUUCAUGGAAGCUGUUUUUAUACCCAAUCAUGGCACCCAACUUUUCCCAAUUAGCCUGCACACCUGUGGGAUGUUCCAUAUAAGUGUUUGAUGAGCAUUCCUCAACUUUAUCAGUAUUUAUUGCCACCUUUCCCAACUUCUUUGUCACGUGUUGCUGGCAUCAAAUUCUAAAGUUAAUGAUUAUUUGCAAAAAAAAAAGUAUAUCAGUUUGAACAUCAAAUAUGUUGUCUUUGUAGCAUAUUCAACUGAAUAUGGGUUGAAAAUGAUUUGAAAAUCAUUGUAUUCCGUUUAUAUUUACUUCUAACACAAUUUCCCAACUCAUAUGGAAACGGAGUUUGUAGUUUCUUCAAAAUAACCACCCUUUGUUCUGAUUACUGCUUUGCACACUCUUGGCAUUCUCUUAAUGGGCUUCAAGCACACCUGUAAAGUAAAAACCAUUUCAGGUGACAACCUCUUGAAAUAAAUAAAUGGUAAAUGGGUUAUACUUGUAUAGCGCUUUUCUACCUUUUUAAGGAAAACAAAGCGCUUUGACACUAUUUCCACAUUCACCCAUUCACACACUGAUUGAAGCUCAUCGAGAGAAAAACUAGAAUAUAAAACAUGUUUUCAGUUAAUUCACUUUGUUUUGUUAAGUACAUAACUCCAAAUGUGUUUAUUCAUAGUUUUGAUGCCUUCAGUGACAAUCUACAAUGUAAUUAGUCAUGAAAAUAGAGAAAACGCAUAGAAUGAGACAAAGGUGUGUCCAAACUUUUGGCCUGUACUAUAAAUCAAGCAAUCAUUAACAAAGUGAUCACUGCAAACUCAUGACUUCUUUGACUCGUCUCCCUUGUACGAGAGUGCGUGCUACUUUUUUGUCGUCGUCUCGUAAAAUCUUGCACUCUUUUGCCCUCCUUAUUACUUCUCGGGGAACUCUAAAGAAACAUUUAUCCUUUUUGCGUUUUGAACGGUUUGUACAGCCGAAAACAACGCAAGCCAAGAGCAUUUUUCUUUUGAAUGGCUAAAUGCCGCUUAGAACGCGAUGACAACAGACGCUGGCUUGACCACCAUGCAUAUUCAAUGAGCCGUACGUGACGUAAAUCCAAGCAAUAAGUGUGUGAAUGGAAAGUGGAGAGAAAGAGGCUUUUCACUGUUUUCAACAAUUAUCAGAAUACAUUCUGAUUAUGUUGUUCCUUUGCACUGCUUUUUUUUGGGAUUGUGUAUACUUGACUUGGUACACAACAAGCUAUCUUCCAAAAUAACAUUUAAGUAAUGUUAUCGACCUCAUCAUUCCCCUCUGUGAUCAUGGGAGCGCAAUCAAGCUGUGUCGCUUGAAAUCACAAAGCAGCUGUCUAAUGCAACACACGACAAGAUUUCAUGUCAUAUAUACGGUAUAUGUGUCUUUUUUUGACAACUCAAAAAAUAAGUCAUCCUUGAGGAUUUCCAACAUGAAAGUCAUGUUUAAAAAAUGUGAAAGACCAAAGCUCUACGGCUGUCUCAUCAAACUGAAACUGUACAAUAUACAGUGGUACCUUGGUUUUUGUAGCCGCCCACACACACUUUGUUUCCAUUUUUGCCAAAAGUUUAUGCCGCAUUAUUUACAAUGUCUUGUUUAUUGCUGCACGUCCCAAACUAGUCCGUUUGACCGUGUAUCAUUUCAUGCAGUCACCAAAAAAUCCAAUGUGUUGAUGUUUUUUUUAAUUUAGUGCCAAUAUGGGGCCAAAGAAAGUUGCAAGUGCCAGCAAUUGGAUAAAGAAAGUGAGAAACAAAAUUUAAUUUAAGAACGAACUCAAAGUAUGGGAGAGAGGUUUUUCACUCUUUCAACAAAUGGAAAAUUUUCUGAUGUUGAACCUCUCAUACAUACCUUCAAGCUCUUUGCCAUCAAGGGUCUUCAAUAAAGGUAGGAGUUAAAUUAUUAAUCAAUUUAAUUUUCCUGUAUUGUGCAUAGUUUACUGCAUGUACAACUAAAAUGAUCUUUUAUGUAAAGUUUUUGUGAUAAUAUAUUUUUGGGUGUGGGAGAAUUGGAUUUGGAUUACAGUAUUCCCUCAUUUAUCGCUGUUAAUUGGCAGUGAUAAAAUUAUUUCUGCAAAUUAAGAAUUAUAAAUCAAAUAUUUUUUAAUGGCUAUAACUGUAUAUGACCUUCUUGAUAAGUAUAACAUUAUGAGAGCUCUCUAGACAAAAAAAAAUAACAUGUUAUAUCCAGUAUAGAAGAGCUGAGUGUGGCUGAGCCAAUCAGUGGCCAUGAUACUAAACAGCGCACUCUGAUUGGUUUUGAUCUAAUCCAGUGGCCAAUAAAUACUAUUGUAGUAUUGAUAUUUUUAGUUUUCUUCCAGACAUUUUUAGGCCUGUAAAUGCUUAAUUUAGGGCCAAAUAUGCUUAAAAGUAAAAAAAAAAUAAAAAUAAGAGACCUGCGAAUGAGGAAAGGUGCUGGGGUUCCGUUUGAUUCGGUCUACGCCAGACCUUCUGGAACGAAUUGCUAACAAAAACCAAGGCACCAUUGGAGUCUUCAUGUCAAUCAUUGUAUUUAAAUGCUGUCACAUCGUUUUGCACAUUUUGGGAGAGACAAAAAAUAACUCGAGGGAGUUUUGGGGCUUACUGCUGUUCGGCUUUUACGCUCAUAUCCAGUUUUUAAACUACGAUCACAUUAGGUUACGUCUUAUUUUUUGUAACCAUGCUUUUUUUUUCAAUACUUUACAUAUGCAGUAAUUUUUGUACUGUACAUUACUGUAGUUUAAAUGCAUAAUGCACUUUUUAUGUUCAUGUACUGUAUGUGUUAAUUAUGGAAAUAAACGUGUCUUUUUCAUGA